CUUUGCUUGCUCAGUACAUAUUUGUUAGGUUGAUCUUAGUUACACUUGUUACGUGGUUGAAACUGAAUUUGCUUAGAGGGCUGUCUUCAUUUAUUUACUACUUCCAAUAACCAGCGGAAUAAAGAAUGCCACAAAAUGACUUUAAACUUUCAUUCUUCAAUAUAAAUAGAAUGAGAAUUUGAGGCGAAUUUGGAUACCUAGACAAAAUAAGAAGUGGUUUGCCGUGACAUUUCUUGAAAAUCCACUUGGUUAAGGCUUGAGAAAUGGUAAUUACUGUGAAAGAAGUCAGUCAACCAAGGGAAGUCUUCCCACGCACCGGUUAUCCAAUGAAAAGGCCACAAUAGCGGAUAUAAAUAAAAGCAAAUCAUUAGACAUAAACAAAAGCGACGCGUGUGCUGGCAAAAUAUUUGUGGAAAAAGAAUUUCCAUUGAGAGCGCGAAUAUAAUCGACCUCAUGAAUGAAACUGGCCGAGGAGCAUCAGCAACAGAUGGCUGCCAAAAGUAAACUCAUUCCGAUGAAAGGAAGGCACCGGGGCACUUGCAAAUGGAAUUCACACAGCACUUGUGUUUUCAGGCGCAGCACAUGCGCACUUGCGAGCACAUGGUGGACCGCGUUCGAAAUUCAUUGCAGAUUGUAAUUUGGCGCACUUUUCAGAGGUCGUGGGCUCGUGUGGAUCCCAUCGAGCAUCGAAGUCGUCGACUUUGGCGCCGGUUCCGACGACUUGCCCAGCGAACAGCUUCCGGCGAAAGUCAUGCUGCAAAAGCAGACGGGCAGCGGUCACGGCCAAACACAAUGUGCAAAAUAAAACACGGACCUGUGGCCACACCCUCAACAUAAGCACAGAGAAGCGCUGGCUUUUGGCUUUCGGCAUUUGGCGUUUGGCGUUUGGCAUUUGGCGAACGGAGGCACGGACCCACGGAAACGGAAGUGGCCAAAAGCGAGGCCAUAAAACGCCACGCCACGCAUAGCGACAGCAUUGAGACAUCAGCUCACCCGAAAAACAUGUUCGCCGCCCUGAUGGACGUGGGCCAGACGUUGGCGGGCAGCCUGGCGACGGAGGGCAACGACAGCGGACUCCUGGCAACGGGACAGGAUGAGGGUGGGGUCGAAGUGGGCAUGGAGAUGGGCAUGGGUCAGCACAACGCCAGUGCCGACGGCGGCAUGGUGCCGUAUGUGCCCGUGCUGGACCGCCCGGAGACGUACAUUGUCACCGUGCUGUACACGCUCAUCUUCAUCGUGGGAGUGCUGGGCAACGGCACGCUGGUCAUAAUCUUCUUUCGCCAUCGCUCCAUGCGCAACAUACCCAACACCUACAUUCUGUCGCUGGCUUUGGCCGAUCUGCUGGUGAUUCUGGUGUGCGUGCCCGUGGCCACGAUUGUCUACACGCAGGAGAGCUGGCCCUUCGAGCGGAACAUGUGCCGCAUCAGCGAGUUCUUCAAGGACAUCUCCAUCGGGGUGUCCGUCUUCACACUGACCGCUCUGUCCGGCGAGCGGUACUGCGCCAUUGUGAAUCCCCUACGCAAGCUUCAGACCAAGCCCCUCACCGUCUUCACGGCGGUGAUUAUCUGGAUAUUGGCCAUUUUGCUGGGAAUGCCAUCGUUCCUGGUCUCCGACAUCAAGUCCUAUCCCGUGUACACGGCCAAUGGCAACAUGACCAUCGAGGUGUGCUCCCCAUUCCGAGACCCGGAGUAUGCGAAGUACAUGGUGGCGGCCAAGGCGUUCAUCUACUACCUGCUCCCGCUGUCCAUUAUCGGCGCCCUUUACAUCAUGAUGGCCAAGCGGCUCCACAUGAGUGCCCGCAACAUGCCCGGCGAGCAGCAGAGCAUGCAGAGUCGCACCCAGGCCAGAGCUCGUCGUCAUGUGGCCCGCAUGGUGGUGGCCUUUGUGGUGGUGUUCUUCAUCUGCUUUUUCCCGUACCACGUGUUCGAGCUGUGGUACCACUUCUAUCCCACGGCGGAGGAGGACUUCGAUGACUUCUGGAACGUGCUCCGCAUCGUGGGAUUCUGCACAAGCUUCCUCAACUCCUGCGUGAAUCCAGUGGCCCUCUACUGCGUGUCCGGGGUGUUCCGGCAGCACUUCAACCGCUACCUGUGCUGCAUCUGCGUGAAGCGGCAGCCGCACCUGCGGCAGCACUCCACGGCCACGGGAAUGAUGGACAAUACCAGCGUGAUGUCGAUGCGUCGCUCCACCUACGUGGGCGGAGCAGCAGCUGGCCAGCUGCGGGCCUCCCUGCACCGGAACAGCAGCAAUCACGGCGGGGGCGUGGGAUUUGGGAGUGGUCGUGUGGGCAGUUUCCAUCGGCAGGACUCGAUGGCGCUGCAGCAUGGCAAUGGGCAUGGAGCUGCGACAGGCGGGGCAUCCUGCGGACCUGGAUCCGGCGGACGUGCCCCGGCCGUGGGCGAGAAGAGGUGAGGCACGCUUAUUGUGGAGCUGCUGGCCGAGGAGGAGGUGGUGGUGUCCGUGUCCUUGCAGGCCGACGAGCAGCUCUGAGCGGGCACAAUUGGCCCGUGAUCUCACUUUGUGCUUGCACCACCCGCACUUCGCAUCAUGCACUAAGCACUUGAAUCUAUACACUCGGCACUUGGUACUUUUCCCCUGUCCCAUUUGGCAUUUGCCAGGUAAUUUGUUUAUUGGCGCGAGACUGGACUAAUUUGAAAUCGCAACGAUGCCGAGGACAAUGGGUUGACCCGAUUUUAUGUGCGCGUUACCUUGGCGUAAAUGUACAUAUGCUUUAAUUUUAGAUACAUACAUACAUACAUUGUUCCUGGCAGAAAGGGAUGUUCGAUUUAGGCCACAUUAGCAGUUUAUGUGCCAUUGUAUAUACAUAUAUGUUACAAACAAAGUUUUACCUAUUAACACACAUUUUAUGUAAUGUUAUUAUAUUGUGUGUGCCAUACAUUAGUCGUACAUAUGUUUUGUGUUAAUUGAGUAAGUCACUAAGCACAUUAAAUGUAACUCGUUAUUACCUGCCCCAGUGCAAUAAAAUAGUAUUAAGAACUCAAAAAACCAAAAUGGAAACACAGUCCCAGCUUAAUUAUAUAUUAUAGAAGUUGCAUAUAUCAAUAGGCUGAUAAGAUUUAGCAUACAAUUAUUGUAAAUAAAUGAAUUCCAUAAUGCUAAGAGCAUAAGUGUUGUGUGGACUGCUGUGAAAUUUCAGAUCCAAAGGAGCAUAAUAAUAUGCAGGUAUAAGUUUGUAAAUACACUCUUUUGGUUUGUUUGAUCUAUGAUUGACUUGGAUCUGUUUUAAGAAUAAGUGUUUUCUUGUGUUGAAUAAUUUCAGCCUUAUAAAUCGUUACGAAAGUGACCGUAUACGUUACUAAAUCUUUUGGAGACGAUUUCCUAAUCCCGAUGAC